AUGGCACCUCUGGAAGGGGAACCGCAGGAGCGGGGCAGCGCCGCGGGGUCCCGGCGCCGCUCGGGGCAGCGGCUGCGGCGGUGGCGGCGCUCGGGGCCCGGUGCGGUGUUGCAGUGCGGGACACUGCGGCGGCAGCCCCGGGGCUGCGGGACUCCGGUGCCCGGGCGGGGACAGCGCAGCGCGGGGGGAGCCCCGUUCCUGCCGCCGCCGCCCCGCAGAGAGCGACCCCCGCCCGCCGCCUCCCUCCCGGUGCCGGGGGUCCCGUCCCGGUGCCCCGCGCCCGCCCCGCAGCGAGGGAGCGGCGGCCGCAGCCCCGCACUCACCGUGAGCCCGGUGCCGGCCCGCGGGAGGGGCCCGCCGGUGCUGCCGGUAACUCCUCCGGUGCCUCCCCCGCUGCCUCCUCCGGUUGCUCCGCCGGUGCCGCCGCUGCGGCUCCGCGCAGGGGGCGACACCGGGAGCUCGGCCCGGCCCUGCCCCGGUGCCGGCGCUGCGCAGGACCGGCUGCUCGCCAAGGUCACCGGCCCGCCCGGUGCGCCCCGGAGCCCCCGGCACCGCCGGGACCCCCGGCCGGGCUGCGGGCGGGGAGCGCGCGGGUCAGAGGAACCGGAGCCGCCCGAGCCGGGGCACCGGGACGGGACCGGGACCCACCGGGACGGGACCAGGACCCACCGGGACCCAGCGCGGCCCCCGCCAGCCCCACACGGGCCGGGCUGA